AUGUUACCAUAUAGCAAGUGUAAUGAGAUUGAACAAACAAACAUAAAUGUAAAUAAUCCAAAUGAUAAUAUUUCUCAUUUAUUAAAAAAUGAAAGAACAUCUGACAAUUUUAUAAAUCAUAAUAUUAUUUCAUCAAGAACUGAUGAUUUUAGUAAACAAUUUAUUAUAAAAAAAGAUGAUUCAGAUCCUUCAAGGUUAUUAAAUGUUAUCUUACCAGCAAAUUUUUUAAACUACCGACAAUUUAUUGCAAAGGUAACUGAUGUCUCACCAUCUGUGGAUUUUCCUAUACGUGAUGUUAACAGAACAUUUUUGGCUUUUCCAUCAGAUAGUUCUAUUAUAAAUAUUCAUGGUUUACAUGCUGGUCAUAAAUAUGACAUAGCUAUAUAUGGAAGAAUUAUAAAUGAAACACAUUUAAUUAAAAAAGAAAUUAUUUUUAUGGAUCCAGUUCCUCUUAAUUUUCAUGAUAAUGCAUCAAUAACUGUUAUGCAUACAAAUAUUACAAUGAGAGCAUUAAAACCUGAAAGAGCACUUCAAGAUACAUUUAGAGUUGAGUAUAUUCAAUUAAAUCCACCUAAACGAUACCCAAUAUUGGAUGUUCACGAUAUACCUGAACAAAAAUAUGUUGAUUUUUAUCUAGGAAACCUUAAUCCAGGACGUGAUUAUGAUGUCAAAGUAACAUCAAUAAGAGGUGAUAUUCCAUCACAACCUUGGCAAGGUGUCAUUACAACAAAACCACUUCAAGUAACAAAUGUUACAGUUGAUGAUGUUAUAGAUUCAAAUGAAUCAGGUUGUAUUAUAUUAUCAUGGAUAUUACCAAUACAAUCAGGUGCUGAUAAAUUUAAAAUAUUAUAUGGACCAACAACUGCUGCUGAAAAUGGUAUGCAUAAAAUAGAAGUUGAUCAUACACAAAAAACAGUUAAAAUAUGUAAAUAUAUUAUUCCUGGUAUGGAUUUUCUUUUUAUUGUAUCUGCUGAAAAAAGUAAUCAACUUAGUGAUCCUCAAAAAGUAACAUUAACAAUUAAACCAUUACCUCCAGUAAAUUUGUCAAUUCUCCCAAACAUGGAUAAAAAUUUAUAUAAACUAACAAUUUAUCUAAAUAAUUCAACAAAAUCAAAAGCAGAAUCAUGUAAAUAUUCAAUUAUUGAUGAUAAAUCAAUUAAGAUGGAAGGAGAAAUUAAUGCUGAAAUGAUUGAUGGUGUAUUGUCAUGUAAUACAUAUUUAAAUUUAAUUCCUGGAAAACGAUAUGAGGUAUCAGCUAAUACUAUUAGUAAUAAGAAAGGUAGUAUUAAAAUAUUACGUAAUAUGGCUUUACCACCUGGUUUUGAUAUGAAAAAUUUUGACUUAACUUUAAAUGAAAAUAAUGGGAUAAUAACUAUUAAAUGGCCAAGAAAUGAGGUCAAGUUACGAAAAUUAAUUGACAUUUGGUCAAAAAUUAUUGGUAAUGGAAGUACAUUACAAAUAAAAAUAGAAAGUUCAAGUGAUGGUAAAAUAGUAAAAAAUUAUUCAACCAAUCCAUAUUCUAGAAAAGAUAUUAUAAUCCCUAAUUUAAUACGUGGUGCUUGUUAUAAUAUUGAAAUAUAUACUUUAACACAAAAUGGAAUUGUAUCAAAUGAUAAAUUUGAGAAAAAUAUUAGAAUUAGUAUGACUACAUUUGAUAUUAAUACAGAAAAUAUUUCAAAAACUUCCACCAUUGUAACAUUUAAUGAUACUGGUAAAUUUGGAGAAAUACAUGAUAAUAGUGUUGAUUGUAAAAUAGCUAUUCUUAUUAAUGAUAUUCAUGGAAAUAAUGUUUAUGAUAAAGUUUUUAAUAUGCAAAAAAAUGAUGAAAAAUUAUUUUCAAAAAUAGUUUUAAAUAAUUUAAAAUCUUAUACAAAAUAUGCUGUUAAUUCACAAAUAACAUGUGGAAAAGAAAAUGAUAAAAUGUGUUCACAAAGUACAAGAACAAUGAAUAUGAUAACAUUUGAAACAGAACAAGAUAUACCAGGAUAUAUUAAAAAUUUAAUUGUAAAACCACUAAAUUCUUAUUCAUGUCAUGUUUCAUGGAAACCACCAACAGAACCAAAUGGUUUUAUUACUAGAUAUUUAAUUAUAAUUAAUCCUGAUAAAAAUAAUUUAAUUGAAGAAGCACCAUGGACAUUAACUGUUAAUGGAAAUUUUGAUAGUAAUAAUAAAAAGAUUGAUUCAAUUGUUGAUAAUCUUGUUGGAGGUCAAAAAUAUAGUAUUACAGUUUUAGCUGUAACAGUUGCUGGAACAUCAUCUAUUUCCAAUACUGAUAAUACAAUUAAUAUUCAAAUGCCUUUAGGACCACCACCAAAACCAACAACAAGUAUAGAAGUUAUACAAAAUACUGUUCGUAGUACAGAUUUAUCAAUAAGAUAUAAUAUGCGAAUGUUAUCAUCAAAAAAUGGACCAAUUACUAAAAUUGGUAUUAUUGUUGCUGAGAUAGAUCCAAAAACAGAACUUCCAAGAGAACCACCAUCACAUAAUUUAAUGACAUCAAUAUCACAAUAUACAUGGUAUAAAGUUCAAAAUUAUGAAAUAUCACCACCAUAUAUAACAAGUAUAACUAAUUUAAAACCACAAAAAAAUUGGGGUACAAAAUCAAUUUCAGAAGUUAUUGGAAUUGAACCAAAUUGUGAAUCAAAAGAUCCUGAUGUUAUAUGUAAUGGUCCAUUGAAAGCUAAUACAAUGUACCGAUUUAAAUUAAGAAUAUAUACAGCUGAUAAUUUAUGGACAGACACAAAUUAUUCAGAGAUUGCUAAAACUGAUCUCCUCAAAUCUGGAUUUAUGUUUAGAACUAUAUUAUUAUUCAUAUUAUUGGCUUUGUGUAUCGCAAUUGCAAUUAUAUUUCUUAUUUGUAUUAAUAAUUGCAGAAUGUCAAAGAAAAAUAGUGAAAAAAAAAGACCAGUAUUAUUUGGUGGAAGUAGUAAUGGAUCCUCUUCUAUUGGAAUGGAUAGAAAUUAUGGGUCCUCAUCAAAAAGUAGUAGUUUUUCAAGUGAGACCACACCAAAUCAUAAACAAAAUCAAUGGGCAGCUUUUAAAAUGUUAAUAAGAAAUAGGACUGCUGAAAUUGUCAAUAAAUUUAGUUUAGAUCAAUCAUCAUUCUCUAAUCAUCAUACUUCAAAAGAUAUUAACACUACAUCAAAUUGUAUUAAUACUAAUACUCAAAGAUUACAAAAUUCAAGUAGAAUUUCAAUGUUUGACAAUACCGAAGAUAAUAAUAAUAAAACACCAAUUAGUUCACCUAUUAUGAUAAGUCAUACUAAUGGACAGUUGGUUAAUUCACCUAUGGUAGGACCUAUUAAAAGUACAAAGACAUUAAAACAACGAACUGGAUUUGAUAAAAGAUUAGAAAAUCUUGGUACUGUACCACAAAAAAUUAUUUUAAAUACUGUUAUCAAAACAGAUAAUCCUUCACGUAAUAGACCUGUUAAAAUAGAAAAUUUUCUUGAACAUGUACGAUUAAUGUCUGCUGAUUCAGAUUUUAGAUUCAGUGAAGAAUAUGAAGAAUUAAGAAAUAUUGGUAUUAAUCAAACAUGUAUUGCAUCUGAAUUACCAAUUAAUAGAUCAAAAAAUCGUUUUACCAAUAUUUUACCAUAUGAUCAUUCAAGAGUAAAAUUAAUCUCUACUGAUGAUGAUGAAGGAAGUGAUUAUAUAAAUGCAAAUUAUAUUCCUGGUUUUAAUUCACGUAGAGAAUUUAUUGCAGCUCAAGGACCAUUACCAUCAACAAGAGAUCAUUUUUGGAAAAUGGUUUGGGAACAACAAGUUCCAUUUAUUGUUGCAUUAACAAAAUGUGUUGAAAAAGGUAGAGAUAAAUGUCAUCAAUAUUGGCCAGAUCAAGAUCAAUUAAGUGUUUUAUAUAAUGAUAUUGAAGUUACAUUAGCAAAAGAAACAGUAUAUGAUGAUUAUGUUUUAAGAGAAUUACAUUUAACACAUAUGUCAUAUGAUAAUUCACCUAAAAAAAUUGUUUAUCACUUACAUUAUAAAGCAUGGCCAGAUUUUGGUGUCCCAAAUCAUCCAGGUGGUAUUCUUCAUAUAGUACGUCUAUUUCGUAGUAAAGUUCCACCUUCCAAAAAUUGUAGACCAUCAAUAAUUCAUUGUAGUGCUGGUGUUGGAAGAUCAGGGACAUUUAUUGCAAUUGAUCGUUUAUUACAGUGUAUGGCUAUUAAUCAACCAUUAGAUACUUAUGGUAUUGUAUAUGAAAUGAGAUUAGAACGGUGUCAAAUGGUUCAAAAUGAACAACAAUAUGUAUUUAUUCAUUUAUGUAUUGCACAUGCAAUUGAACAAGAAAUGUUAAAAAAACAAAAUUUUAUAAAUAUGAUGUCAAUAAAUCAAUCAACAUCACAAAAUAUUAAUCAAAAUCAAAUAUUAAAAGGUAUUCAAGGUACAAACAUACCACAUUCUCAUGAACAUGAUUCUCAAUAUUCACCUCAAUGUUAUAAUGGUAUGUUAUUAGAUCAUCAACAUAUAUUAUAUACUUCACCUCGUCAAAUUAACUCUUCUAUUCAGGGAUCAUCAAAUGUUUGGAUUAAUCCAUGCCAACAAAAUCAAUUAAUAGAAGGAUAUCAUACAAUAGAUAUACGUGAUUUUCAUCAAAAUCCAAUAUUUAUUGAAGAGGAUGAAGGAAUAGCUGAAUCAGGAUUAUAA